AUGUUUGGAUUGGGAAAACUAUUAUACGUUGUGAUACUCACAAUCAAUGGAAUUGCUGUGCUUAGUGAAGAUAGGUUUCUAAACAGAAUAGGAUGGGGGUCAACAACGGGAUCUUCGAACGGCAAUGUGAAUAUGCAAAAUCAGUUUAAUCAAUUUAGUUCAGGGUUAGAUUCAAGCGAAGGCUCAAUAAAGACAAAGCUAAUAAACUUAAUCAGUGCCGUGAGAACACUAAUGCGCAUACCGCUAAUUGCCGUAAAUAUUGUCAUGAUCUUAUAUGAAUUGUUAUUAGGUUAG